CCUUGUCCGCACAACACAGAUUGCGUACGUGUGCACUUUUCUGUACGUAACUAGCUGCGCUCGUUCUGUGUUGGUGCGAACAACAUUGAAUGGAGAUGGCAAGCCGCUGCUCGCUAGCUGUAAAAUUAUCUGCAACGUAAUGGCGGAUCGAUAAUACUCUCUUGUGGUCUUAGAAUGAAAUUUAUUUUGAACUUAUGUUUGUUAUGUAGAAUGUGAAUAAUUUAUAACGAAGGUGGUAAUAUUGAUGAAACAAUUUUUUGUCGUGCAUUUUAUCUUUGUGCAUAGGAUUUGGUCUGGAUAGUUGUAGUUAUGAGUUCAUUAACUACAUCGCAAAUAAAAAUAUUGACUUUGAAAAUAUGGCACUGACAAGGGACUGUGUUCACUAGGCUGAGAUGAAACAAACUAUUCCAAAUGCCUUUGUACAAAUUUGCGAGGAAACACACACGCAAACGACAGCUAUGAAUGCCAUGGAACUAAUGCAAUUUUUGAAUUCAGGUUCUACCUGUGUAACCUCUAGAGUUAGUCGGCCUUUUUUGUGGACGAGGAUGUGGGAAAUGGCUGGUUCCACAUUUCUUGUUCACUCAAAGAAAGAGGCAUAUUCUGUGAUAAACAGCCCUUGUAGCUUUCAGUCCUUCAAGGACUUAUAUAUGGUGGAUACACAAUUCUUUCCCGGAAACUUCUGUUCUUCCAUUUGCAAUAUGCUGAAAAAAUCUUACCCAUGCAAUGAUAUGUGUAUAUUACUCAUCCACCUUAAAGGAAGCAAUUCACUUAUAUCUAAGAUAACUUCUAAGGAAUACAAUAUGCAAUCUGUGAACAUUAGAAUAGCGUUAACAAAUAAUCUACAUAAGGGUAUCUUUAAUAAUAAUAUGGUGAUUGAUAUUUGUUUGUCAUCUAUUCAUGAUGACUUAAUUGAUUGCAAAAUACGUGAUAUCAUUACGUACAAUAUGAAUUAUCAGUUCUUUAGUUCUGCCGUUACCGAAUCAAUAAUCUUAGCACAUCGAAAUAUUGUGAUCACAACUAAUCAUUAUAAUGAAACAAAGUAUAAUAAAAUUGGUGCUCUUUUGGAAGUUCAGAAACAAUAUCAAAGUCAGUGUAUUACAUAUAAUAAAAAUAAAUUAAAUUUAGAAGAUAAGUGUGUUAAACAGUCCAACAUUCCUGAAAAUAUUGCCAUUCUGAAAAUGAGAAACAAAAAUACUUCAAGCUUUACUGGAUCAUCAGAUACUUAUGAUGAUCAACCUGACAAUUACAAGUCUGAUUAUGCUACUAACAGCGCUUUAUUUAAUAUUUUAUCUUACCAAGAGUCUGAAAGUCUAUCAGGGAUUGCAUUCAGAAUGAAUGGUAUAUCUGUAAAUCAAGAAUCUUCAAAAAAAUUGGCUUCUGGAAAUGGUCAGAGUGAUUUUAUUUCAAUGACAAAUGAUUUUAAGGAUCUGACUGGAAAUAAAAAAUCAUCAUACCAUGAACGCUGGGGAAUAUCGCCUCGUCUACGCUUGUGUGGUGGUGGUGAAAGUUCUUUAAAUAGUGGUACUACUGGAUGGGGAAGCCCACCUGGUUCUAAUACUGGAAACGCUAAUUCUGGAAAUUGGGGUACAAGUGGUGGUCCUGGGGCUUCACAAUCACAAUGGAAUGCUAACAGUGCAACUGGCACUCAACGUCCACCAACAUCACAACCUGAUGGAUCUUCAAAUAAAGCAAAUGCAACUGCUUCGAACACUCAAAAUGUUGUUCAAACUCAGGGUAACAAUACUCAAAAUAAUAAUGGUCCAAAUUGGAGUACAAAUACUGGCCCUACGGGAGCUAACACCAAUCAAUCAAAACCUGUUAGUUCUACGGGAAACUCAGCUUCAGGGCCUAAUAAUGGAAAUAUUAAUACUUCCAAUGCGCCUAUAAACACUACUAGUAAUGCAGGAACACCUGCCUCUGGAGCUUUAUCAAGUACAACCACUAAUCCCUGCAGUAACUCUGCAAAAAAUCAGCUUGAACAGUUAAACACAAUGAGGGAAUCUUUAUUCAGUCAAGAUGGCUGGGGCGGGCAACAUGUUAAUCAAGAUACAAAUUGGGAUGUACCUGGCUCUCCAGAACCUUCUGGACCAAAACCGGACCCUAGUGGUGGACCACCAGUUUGGAAACCCAGUAUAAAUAAUGGUACUGAUCUUUGGGAAGCAAAUUUACGUAAUGGUGGCCAACCGCCACCACAGCCUGCUCAAAAAACACCUUGGGGUCACACUCCAACUACUCACCUUGGUGGAACAUGGGGAGAAGAUGAUGCCCCAUCUGAUUCAAAUGUUUGGACUGGAGGCCCCACACCUCCACCUGCUCAAUGGGGAACAAAUAAUGUUCCAAGUAGUGGUAUGUGGGGAGGUAAUAAAAAAGAGAAUGAAUGGGGUAAUAGUGCUAGCAGUGCUAACAGUAGUGGUGCCUCAUGGGCUUCAGAUUCCAGAAUGGAUCCUCGAGGAAUGACAGAUCCUCGUGAAGUCAGAGACAUGAGAAAUAUGAUGUUGGACCCACGUGUCAUGGGAGGUAGUGAUUUGCGUAAUAAUGGUGAUAUGAGAGGAGAUACUAGAGGAAUUUCAGGACGUCUCAAUGGAUCAACUGAAAUGUGGGCUCAUCAAAUGGGUCCUAAUAAAAUGGUUCCACCAGGCCAGUGGAGUGUUGGUCCAAACGCAAAAGAUAUGAUGUCUACAAAGUCAUCGGGAUGGGAAGAACCCUCACCACCCGUGCAAAGGCGCAACUUACCUAACUUUGAUGAUGGUACCUCUCUCUGGGGAGGUCAAAGUGCUGGUACUGGAGCUGCAGGUGGCAGUGGGAGAUUACCAAGUGCUGGAAGUGGUGUGGGGUUGGCACACUGGAAAGAACCAGGUGGUGUAAACAUGACUGGGAGAGGUGGAGGGCUAGGUAGUGGACCAGGUGGACCAGCACCAAAUCGAUUGCCUAACAAACCUGAUCCCAUGUGGAUGUCUGGGCCUAGAAAUGGUUCUUGGGAUGAAAAUCCACACAAUUGGGAUGAUAAGGGAGGUAUGUCUUGGACAGGUAGUGAUAAUAGUAUGAACCCUGGAGGAUGGGGAGGAGGUCCCAAAGUACCCAAACCUAGUGGAUGGGCUGAUAAUGAUAUGCCUUCAGAUUGGAAACCCAAUCCACCCUCUAAACAACUCUCUAAGGAAAUGGUUUGGAAUAGUAAACAAUUCCGAAUACUUUGUGAGAUGGGAUAUAAGAAAGAAGAUGUUGAACAUGCACUACGUAAUCGUGAUAUGAAUUGUGAAGAAGCUUUAGAGUUACUUAGCCAAUUCAGAGGUAAUAUGGGCAACGUAGACAAUUGGGGACGUCAUCGUGACGAUGUAUCUUUCGAUCAUCCUCCCAACAGGUUUCCUCAAUCUAACAUGCCUCUUGGAAAUCCGAGUGGAAAUGGGCCAAAUCUUCUCAAUAAUAUGGGAGGUGCAUCUUCAAAUACUAACCCUGGUCUGGGUAUAAAUUCUAAUAUGUCAGCAAUUGCUCCUGCUUUAGUACAGAAAAUUGUGAAUCAAACGCCAUUCUCACAAAGUGGAAGUCAGACAUCACCAUCUACUCUUCAGUUGCGCAUGUUAGUUCAGCAAAUUCAGAUGGCCGUACAAGCUGGUUAUCUCAACCAGCAGAUACUUAACCAGCCUCUGGCACCACAAACAUUAUUAUUAUUGAACCAGCUACUUCAGCAAAUUAAAUCAUUGCACCAAACUUUAGGUCGUGGAAAUAAUACUAAUAGCCUUCAUGUAUCUGUUCAAAUAACAAAAACUAAGCAACUUCAGAAUUUACAAAAUCAGAUAGCAGCACAACAAGCAAUGUAUAUUAAGCAGCAAGCUGGUGGGCAUAUUCCGGGAUCUACUGGACCACCGAAUAUUUCAAAGGACAUGAAACCAUUUCAAGCAUUCUUUAUUAUGUAUCAAAUAACAUUAGAAUAA